CGUUUUGCAGUAACGUUAGCCUAACGUGCUUUAGGUGUUCUCCUAAAAUGGGAAAAACUUACCAGAUCAUGGUGGUUGGAAUAAAGGGGGAGAAAAAAACCGUUGAUGUUGCGACGUCAGAGGAAGAUUUCAACAAAAUGACUAUUUUAGCAUUCAAAAAGAAAGUUGCAGAAAAAUUGCCCGGUCAAGCAGGGGAUGAUCCAUCUUCCCUGAGACUGCUGUACACAGAUAAACAACUAGAGGACAACGAUACGUUUCUAGACCACCAAAUUAAGGAUCGCUCCACCCUCUUCAUGGUCUUGCGUUUACCUGGAGGUUGCAUGAGAAGAAUUCGAGUCUCUGCCGGAAUCAUCAACUUUUAGGCAGACUCACAGAGACUUUUGUUGAUCACUAUGUUAUUAUGUGUGUGGAAUCUGUAUAUGCUAUUGUAAAUUAAUUGGAUUAGUCUGUCACAUGUCGGGGAUAAUGGGAGAACAUUAUUUUAAACAGUCUCAUAUUUUAUCAAUGAAGAAAAGUCUCUGACUGAUUUGUGAUUGCUACUUUUUUAUGUUUUUUUUUUUUAUUCUUGAAGUGGUCAAAUUGAUAAACCAAAUUUACUUUCUUCAUAUUAAAUGAUAUAGUUGUAAUAAAAUUGGAAUAAU